AUGGACGCGUGCCCCACGACGGCAUCCAAGGGCACGAGACGAGCGCGACAAAAGCGCGACAGACGAUGCGAGCAAGCUCGCAAUUCAAAAGACGAAAGCGACGGAUCUUUAGGUGGUCUUCUUGUUGAGGGUCUUGGUGGCCAUGUCCUUGCCCUGCUGGACGAGCUUGUUAACGGUGGGUCCCAAGCUCUUGGCGUGAGCCUCGCCGGCCGUGUACAGGUUGGCGGCGGUCUCGUCGAUGACGGCCUCGUGCUUGUCGAGCUGCGGCUCCAGGACGAUGUGGUAGAUGCGCUCGUAGCCCUUGGUCAUGGGAAGCACCAGGAACGCGAUGAGGCCGAUCUUGAGGAUGUUCCACAUGGGCACGCGCGUGCUCAGCAGCGGCUCGAUGAUGAGCCCGGCGAACGCGACCACGGCAAGCACGAGCCAGUACUUGAGCCAGGCUUGUUGCUUGGGCACGUCCGCGCGCUUGACAGCCUUGAACGAUUGGUAGCCGGGGUACAGCAGGCCCAGGGAUGUGAUGGCGACUCGGGUCAUAUAGUCAGCAAGCGACAUGUUGGAGAUGGGAGGGGAGGAGUGGAGAGGGGGAAAAUGGGGCGGUGA